AUGGUGGAAGGCGGUCCACCAGUUGCAUUUUUUGAAGAUAACACAGUUUCUCGUAAACCUGGCAAAAAAAUAGACUUUGAUAGUGAAGUAUUAAAGGCUCACGCAAAACACUUGGAAGACUCUCAUGAUCAACUUCUACAAUCCACGUUAGACGAAGGAGCUUACAACAAGCUUUAUAGUUACAAACACAUUGUCAAUGGCUUUUCUGUCCAUACCACCCCUACCCAGGCCAAGAAGUUAAAGAAUGCACCAGGAGUUAAGUUCAUAGAAAAAGAUAGAGGAGUGAAAAUGAUGACAACUUAUACCCCUAACUUUUUAGGGUUACCACAACGAGUUUGGACAACUGAAGGAGGCGAUAGCAAUGCAGGUGAAGGGAUUGUUAUUGGUCUUGUUGACACCGGUAUUAAUCCGUUUCACCCAAGCUUCGCAUAUGAUCCCUGGAACGGGUACCCGAGGAACCGGAUUCAGUUCCCAGGGGUCUGUGAUGUGGGGCCUCAUUUUCCAAAGAGUUCGUGCAAUGGGAAGAUAGUUUCAGCUAGAUUUUUUGCAGCUGGAGCACAAGCGACUGGCAAAUUAAAUGCCUCAAUCGAUAUCUUGUCCCCCUAUGACUCGGUUGGACAUGGAAGUCAUACAGCAUCAACUGCUGCUGGUAACCAUGGAGUUCCAGUGGUUGUCAAAGGAUCCUACUAUGGAAGAGCUAGUGGGAUGGCGCCACGUGCACGAAUUGCUGUUUAUAAAGCUAUAUAUCCGAGUAUAGGAACUAGAACAGAUGUUAUUGCAGCAAUGGAUCAAGCAAUAAAAGAUGGAGUUGAUAUCUUGUCACUUUCAAUAGGGCCAGAUGAACCACCAGAGAAAACGAUUACUAUGUUAAGCAUGUUUGAUAUCUUUAUGUUGUUCGCCCACAAAGCUGGAAUUUUCGUGGUUCAAGCAGCUGGUAACCGCGGUCCAGGCCCAUACUCGACCGUCUCAUACAGCCCGUGGGUCGUAGGUGUGGCUUCAUGUGACACCGAUAGAACCUACCCCGACUCUCUUGUUCUUGGAAAUGGCCAAAGAUUCAAUGGCAUCGGAUUAUCAGGACCAAGCUUUGGAGCAGGGUUGCUAAAAUAUAAGUUGGUGUUGGCAAAAGAUGCAGUAGUGGCAAAUGGAAAUUUUCCGAGGACCCCACAAUACAUAGACGAGUGCCAACAUCCUGAGGCAUUUGAUCCCGUAAUUGUACGACAAAGUGUUGUUAUAUGCAUGUUUUCAACAGGGUUUAGCAACGGAACUUCAACUCUAAAAGAAAUUACCAACACCGGGAGGGCCCUAGGGUUUAUAGGUUUUGUGUUUGCUGCUAAUCCUAGUUAUGGUGAUUUUAUAGCUGAGCCAUAUCCAUUCUCUAUUCCUGGAAUAGUGAUUCCAAAAGCUAACGAUACACAGAUGAUAAUGGAUUACUACGAGAAGAAAACCGAAAGAAAUAAUAAAGGAGUUGCAACAGCUUAUCAUGGAAGAGCGGCUAUAGGAGAAGGUAGAUUUGCUGAGUAUAACACAAAAGCUCCAAUUGUGAGCAGAUCUUCUUCGAGAGGACCUAAUUUUAUCGAUAUAAAACGGAACCCGAUAGAUUUGUUGAAGCCCGAUAUUUUAGCUCCUGGGCACUCGAUUUGGGCAGCUUGGAGCCCAAUGAGCGUGAAAACUCCGAUACUCGAGGGUUGUAACUUUGGAUUGAUAUCUGGUACAAGUAUGGCAACGCCUCACAUUGCUGGUGUGGCAGCAUUGAUCAAGCAACGACAUCCUUCAUGGUCACCAUCAAUGAUUGCUUCCGCCAUGGCAACAACCGCCACUACAUGUGAUAACCGAGGGGAACCAAUAAUGGCCCAAGGUCGGGAAAUGUAUAAAUUGCAUCGUUCUACGCCUUUUGAUCAUGGCGCGGGUCUUGUUAGUGCCACCAAUGCUCUUGAUCCAGGGCUGGUUUUUACAUCAGGGUUUGAUGACUAUAUGAGUUUCUUGUGCUCGAUUCCAAACACCGAUCCAGAUUUCAUCAAAACCACAAUCGGUGAACCAUGCUCACACUCCUUCCGUUUACCAUCAGAUCUAAAUGUCCCUUCGGUCACAAUUUCAUCACUCAAGGGAUCACAAUUAGUUAGAAGAACAGUCAAGAAUGUUGCCAACGAGGUAGAGACAUACGUUUAUGCAGUGGUUCCGCCCCAUGGAGUGGCAAUCGAAUUAAAUCCACCAUGGUUCACCAUAGUUCCACAAGGCACCCAAGAUUUGGAAGUCAAACUCAUCGUUACACAAACAAAUGAUUCAUUUAGCCAUGGUGAGAUUAUUUUAACAGGAAGCUUGAAACACAUAGUAAGAAUACCCAUUUCGGUAUUACCUAUCUCAAUGUAA